AUGGUUGGGUGCGCGAUCACCGGAAAAAUUAGUGCCAUUCGACUAAUCAGUAUUAAUGUUCCCAAAGAAGUUAUCAUCAAAGGAAACGCUACUUUUUAUUGUAAUUAUAAUAUAGAGACGGAUCGACUCUAUUCACUCAAGUGGUAUAAAAGGAUCAGUCAUAGAGAUACAGAAUUUUUCAGCUAUAUUUCGGGUCCUGAGCCCAAUAUACACUUAAACGGAGCACCUGGAGUUAAUUUGGAUGUAGAUAAAAGUUCAGCGACUGGCGAUGUUUUAUAUCUGUAUGACAUUGACCUGACAUCGGAAGGCUAUUAUAAAUGUGAAGUAAUCGCUGAUUACACAUUUCAAGCGCUCAAACUGGACAGCUAUAUGACUGUAAUAGUUCCGCCAACAAAACCUCCAGUGAUUGAGGGCUACAAACAGUUUUAUACGAUCGGAGAUGUGGUUACCAGCUAUUGCUUUGCUUCAUAUUCAAAGCCUGAGUCGACCAUCAAAUGGUUCAUCAAUGAUCAAGAGGUACCCCAUUACUACUUAAUCACUGGCAAUGAAUCCAAUUCAGGGAUCAGUUUUACACUGGAGACCAAACAUCUCAUUGAUGGCCGUCUAAGGCUGUGCUGUACGGCAUUUAUUGACUCAGAUUUCAGAUUCAAAGUUAGCUCUGAGGAAACCAUAAUUAAAGGCAAUGAGAGUAAUGAAUUAGAGAGCGUUCCGUUAAUUAUUGGUCUCAAAUCAAAUUACAUGUUAGGCGAGUAUAUCGACGUUAACUGUACAGUACGUCAAAUGAUUUAUGAAACAUCUGAGCCCAGACUUGAAUGGCUUAUACACAAUCAAAAGUCAAUUGCUGAAACAUUUGCCGUUGACUUCCGAUUUGAUCCCCACAUAAGGUCUUGCAUUCAGAGAGUUAGAGAAAGAGAGAAAACGGAGAAUUUAUUUCUCAAAAUACAAAAUCACAUCUAA